CCCCGCCCACAGGCGACGUCACUCGGGCCGUUACGGCGCGCAGGCUGUUACGGCGCGCGAUUUAAACCGCUCCAGCGACGCGGGGAGAGAGAUGGGAACUCUCUGCCCAGGAACAAUGAGUAACUCUUCUUCAGAUACACGUGGAGACCCCCAGAGUGCCUCCUUACCUUCAGAACGAGUGUUCUCGAUGCCCUUGCCCAGGAAAGCCUCUCUCAGUAUUCCUGAUACCCCAGUCCUUAAAGACUUUCCUCAGAAUGACGAUGAAAAGGAGCGACUGCAGCGGAGGCGCUCCAGGGUCACUGACCUGCAGUUAAAUGCCGACUCGCCUCAUUUCCUAGCCUCCCCCUCCAGCAGGAAUAUUGAUGUUUCAGCUACGAUUCCUAAGUUUACAAAUACACAGAUUGCAGAGCAUUACUCCACCUGUAUCAAACUAUCCACUGAAAAUAAAAUCACUACGAAGAAUGCAUUUGGCUUGCACUUGAUUGAUUUUAUGUCAGAGAUUCUUAAACAGAAAGACACUGAACCGACCAACUUUAAAGUGGCUGCUGGCACUCUGGAUGCCAGCACCAAGAUCUAUGCUGUGCGUGUAGACGCCGUCCACACUGAUGUAUUCAGAGUCCUUGGGGGACUGGGCAAAGAUGUGCCGUCUCCGGAAGAAGUCGAGAGCCUUGGUGCAGAUGAAAGUGCUGCUGAAGCGGGAACAAUCAAAAAGGCUCCAAAGCCAAAGAAGAAGCACUCCUACAAAACCAUCGAGCAGAACGUAAGCAACCUCAACGUCUCCGAGGGAGAUCGAAAAUGUGAGAUUGAUCCCAUGUUUCAGAGGACUAUAGCCUCAUUCGAUGAGUGCAGCACAGCAGGCGUGUUUCUCUCCACCCUCCACUGCCACGACUACAGGAGUGAGCUGCUUUUUCCUUCCGAUGCCCAGGCUCUUUCCACUGAAGCACCUCCUGAGUUCCCAGAUUUAGGCUGGGUGGACAUGACGGAUUUAAAAGGGCCCCUGAAGCAGUGUGCGGAAAAUCGCCAGAUCUGCCCUUCCCUGGCGGGCUUCCAGUUCACCAGUUGGGACAGUGAAACACAUAAUGAGUCGGUGUCGGCCCUGGUAGACAAGUUUAAGAAGAAUGAUGAGGUAUUCGACAUCAAUGCCAAGGCAGAGGAGAGUGACUGCGGGGACUCCCUGAAGGGGCCCCUGGAGGACGACUUUGAUGCCAACGAUGAACCCGACCACACCACAGCUGGGGAUCCUGCAGAAGUCGGGAGCUCAGAGGAGCCCUGCCACAUUCAAAGCUGCCAGGAAGAAAUGAUUCCCCUUGGGGAUGGAGACAUUAGGACCAUGUGCCCUCUUCUAUCCAUGAGACCUGGAGAAUAUUCUUAUUUUAGUCCCCGUACCAUGUCAUUGUGGGCUGGCCCGGAUCACUGGCGCUUUAGACCCCGACAUAAACAAGACGCUGCCUCACAAGUAGAGAACAGAAAGAAGAAUACCAAGAAAGAUUUUGAAAUCGACUUUGACGACGAUAUUGACUUUGAUGUAUAUUUUCAGAAAACAAAGGCUGCUACUAUUCUGUCCAAGUCCACUUUGGAGAACCAGAGUUGGAGAGCCACCACUCUUCCUAUGGAUUUCCACUAUGAGACUGAUAAUCUUGUCCAGCUGCAUCUCAAACCAGGCACCAGGUUACUUAGAAUGGUCCAAGGCAAGAGGGCAGGGACCAUGCAUUAUGAGGAAAUUGGAGACUAUGAUUACAACAACCCGAAUGACACCUCCAACUUCUGCCCUGGAUUACAGGCUGCAGACAGUGAUUCUGAAGAGUCAGAUGACUUAUAUGUGGGACCAGUUGGGACCCUUGAUGUUACACCUGAUCCUUGCCAUUCACCUAAGACAACACAGGAGAACGGUGACCUGCCUGAAGCCCAAGGAUUAGAUAUCACCACUUAUGGGGAGUCCAAUCUGGUGGCUGAGCCUCAGAAGGUAAAUAAAAUUGAAAUUCAGUACGCCAAGACUGCCAAAAAGAUGGACAUGAAGAAGUUGAAGCAGAGCAUGUGGAGUUUGUUGGCAGCCUCCUCGAAGCAAGCAGACGCAGAGGCAAACCACAGUGAAAAUGGAAAAGCAGGGGAGUUGGUGGACGUGGCCAAUGGGAAGAGGCUCAGCGGGCUCACCAAGGACCUGCAGAAGAGCCUGCCUCCCGUCAUGGCUCAGAACCUCUCUGUACCUCUGGCCUUUGCCUGUCUCCUACAUUUAGCCAAUGAAAAGAAUCUAGAGCUGGAAGGAACCGAGGAUCUUUCCGAUGUUCUUGUGAGGCAAGAGGAUGAGUCCGCCGGUGAGCAGGUGGCAGCAGGGGGUUUGUCACCUCUUCACUGACCGGCACGUCUCCACUCUGGGUGCUGUGGUGUCGGGGCAUGUGGCGAGGCUGUAGCCACUGCCCAGGUGCCUCUGUC